GAGAGAGAGAGAGAGAGAGAGAGAGAGAGAGAGAGAGAGAGAUGGUGCUUCAGGCGGUGCAGAAUCGCAAUGUUCCACUGGCUUCCUCCGCCUCCUACUCCCUUGUCCCUCGCUCGAGAUCUCCCGUCGUCUCCGUAGCUCUAUCGAAGAAGAAGACGGCGAUCGUGUGCUCCAUCUCCCAGGUGUAUGGCUACGGCACGGUGGACUACGAGAGAAGGCCGAUUAUCCAGUGGAAUGCAAUAUACAAGAAGAUUUCUCUGAUGGAGAAGCCGGAGCUCGGCGCUGCCUCCGUCCUGAAUCAGUGGGAGAAAGGCGGCCGUAAGCUUACCAAGUGGGAGCUCUGUCGGGUCGUCAAGGAGCUUCGCAAGUAUAAGCGCCCCAACCAAGCUCUCGAGGUGUACGACUGGAUGAACAACAGAGGCGAAAGGUUUCGAUUGUCUGCAAGCGAUGCUGCAAUCCAGCUCGACUUAAUCGGCAAAGUGCGUGGGAUUUCAGACGCUGAAGAGUUCUUCCUGAGCCUCCCUGAGAAUUUUAAGGACCGGAGAGUCUAUGGCUCCCUCCUCAAUGCAUAUGUGAGGGCCAAGUCGAGAGAAAAAGCCGAAGCCUUGAUCGACAAGAUGAGGGAGAAAGGAUACGCCCUGCACCCGCUUCCCUUCAACGUCAUGAUGACUCUCUACAUGAACCUAAGGGAGUACGACAAAGUCGACGCCAUGGUCUACGAGAUGAAGCAGAAAGAUAUACGUCUCGACAUUUACUCCUACAACAUCUGGCUCUCCUCCUGCGGCUCCCAUGGAUCCGUUGAGAAAAUGGAGCAAGUGUACCAGCAGAUGAAGUCAGAUGUUUCCAUCAAUCCCAACUGGACCACUUUUAGCACAAUGGCCACCAUGUACAUUAAGAUGGGCGAAAACGAGAAAGCUGAAGAUGCACUGAGGAAGGUUGAGGCGAGGAUCACUGGUCGUAAUCGGAUUCCAUAUCACUACCUCUUGAGCUUGUACGGCAGCGUUGGUAACAAGAAGGAGCUGUACCGGGUGUGGAACGUCUACAAAUCUGUUGUCCCGAGCAUUCCUAAUUUGGGAUACCAUGCUUUGGUCUCGUCCUUGGUGAGGAUGGGAGAUAUCCAAGGCGCCGAGAAGGUUUAUGAGGAAUGGCUUCCAGUCAAGUCUUCUUAUGACCCCAGGAUACCAAAUCUUCUCAUGAAUGUGUACGUUAAAAACGACCAACUAGACAAGGCUGAAGGGUUGUUCGACCACAUGAUCGAAAUGGGAGGAAAGCCAAGCUCAAGUACGUGGGAGAUUCUAGCCCAUGGUCAUACCAGGAAGAGGAAUAUCACAGAGGCUUUGACCUGUCUGAAAGAAGCUUUUUCUGCCGAGGGGUCCAGCAAUUGGAGGCCCAAGGUCUUCAUGCUGUCUGGCUUCUUCAAGCUCUGUGAAGAGGAGUCGGAUGUUGCCAGUAAAGAGGCGGUUUUGGAAUUGUUGAGGCAAUCGGGGCACCUUCAAGACAAAUCUUACCAAGCUCUUAUUGAUGAUGCGCAGGAGAGUGAGAGUGAGAGUGAGGGGACCGAUGUUCUUCUUACGCAACUGCAAGAUGAUCUGUAAUAAAAUAGUCCUAGACGUGGCUUUUAAAAAAGAGGAAUUUUGUCUUGUAACCGGACUCAACUGCCUAGAUUACAGUUAGUGAAACAUAUAAAUGUGAGUCCAAGUCGGAAGGAGGAGCUGUCCCCUAUACUAUACCUUCCCUUGUGACGAUAUUUUUUGUUGUUGGAAGAAAGAAUCUUUAAAUGUUGCUUGCUGUGCCG